AUGUGUGGUAUUUUCGCAUGUCACAAGCACGAAUCCGUGGACAACUUCAAAGCCGAUGCGCUACAAUUGGCUAAGAGAGUCAGACACCGUGGUCCAGAUUGGUCCGGAAACUACACGAAGAACUCUACAAUUCUGGUACACGAAAGACUAGCCAUUGUGGGUCUUGACUCUGGUGCCCAACCUAUCACCUCCCAGGACGGCGACUUGUCGUUGACUGUCAACGGUGAGAUCUACAACCACAUCAAACUGAGAGAAGAGUUCGCCUCUUACCCAUUCAAGACCCUCUCGGACUGCGAACCUAUCAUUCCUUUGUACGAGAAGUACGACAUUGACGCUCCAAAGCAUCUGGACGGUAUGUACGCCUGGGCUUUGUACGAUGCCAAAAAGGACCGUAUCGUCGCUGCCAGAGACCCAAUUGGUAUCACCACUCUCUACAUGGGCCGCAGUUCCGAGUCCCCAAAAACCGUCUACAUCGCCUCUGAACUUAAGUCGCUCACCGACAACUGCGACAAGAUCACCGCUUUCCCACCAGGUCACGUGUACGACUCGCUAACCGACAAGUUUACCAGAUACUACAACCCAGACUGGUUGCAGGAGGGCCACGUUCCUUCGAAGCCUGUCGACUACCUCCAGAUCCGUCACUCUUUGGAAACUGCCGUCAGAAAGAGACUCAUGGCCGAAGUUCCUUACGGUGUUCUGUUGUCUGGUGGUUUGGACUCCUCUUUGAUCGCUUCGAUCGCUGCCAGAGAAACUUCUAAGGCCAACGCUGCCUUGGACGCUGCCAAGUACGACUCCGAGGACAAGCAUUUGGCUGGUGUCGACGAUGCCGGAAACCUACGCAGUGCCGGAUGGUCGCGUCUGCACUCUUUCGCCAUCGGUUUGCCAAACGCUCCAGAUUUGAAAGCCGCCCGUAAAGUCGCCAAGUACAUUGGCUCAAUUCACCACGAACACACUUUCACUCUACAAGAGGGUCUGGACGCUUUGGACGACGUGAUCUACCAUCUGGAAACCUACGACGUCACCACGAUCAGAGCCUCGACUCCUAUGUUCUUGCUUUCUAGAAAGAUCAAGGCUCAGGGUGUCAAGAUGGUGUUGUCCGGUGAAGGUUCUGAUGAAAUUUUUGGUGGUUACCUAUACUUCGCCCAGGCUCCUUCCGCCACCGAGUUCCACUCCGAGUGUGUACAACGUGUCAAGAACCUGCACUUUGCUGACUGUUUGAGAGCCAACAAGUCGACUAUGGCUUGGGGUUUGGAAGCGCGUGUGCCAUUCUUGGACAAGGAAUUCUUGGACGUGUGCAUGAACUUGGAUCCAGAAGAAAAAAUGAUCAAGCCAUCCGAAGGCCGCAUCGAGAAGCACAUUUUGAGAAAGGCUUUCGACACUUCUGCCCAGCCUGAUGAGAAACCAUACCUACCGGAAGAGAUUCUAUGGAGACAAAAAGAACAAUUCUCCGAUGGUGUGGGCUACUCCUGGAUCGAUGGUUUGAAGGACACCGCGGAAGCGACUAUCUCAGAUGAGCAAUUCAAACAACCUAAGGCUGAAUGGGGCGACGAUAUCCCAACCACCAAGGAAGCCUACUGGUACAGACUCAAGUUCGACGCGCUUUUCCCCAAGGCUGCUGCCGCUACCGUGAUGAGAUGGAUUCCAAAGGCCGACUGGGGUUGUGCCGAAGACCCAUCUGGAAGAUUUGCCAAGAUUCACGACCAACAUGUCGAGAAAUAA